AUGUCCCUAGCUGCAUCAGCCAACACUGCCGAUUUACGAUACCCGGAAAGUACCAGUCAUUUGCGCAAAUGGAUUGCGUCUUCGAGGACAGAGCUUCAACGCAUCAAGGAGGUCUUCUUCAGACGGAGUCUGGUAACGCUAAUUAAAGAAAAAUCGGAGUCCUCCGAAACCAAUGAAGCUCAACAAAAGAUCUCUAGCUGUCCCAUUACCUUGGAGAAGCAGUCGGACUUGGUGGCGUGGUUUGUGCGUAACUUGAUGGACAUCAUGGGUGCGCAUCAGUUCGACUUCCGGAUCGCGGAUACAUGUUUAGCUUUUUAUACACGGUUCUACUUACGCGAGUCAGUGGGUCGUUACCCGCCUAAUAUCUAUUUGUUCACUGCGUUGAUAAUGGCGAUUAAGUGCGAGGAUGCGGUUGGCGAGAACCGGUCGCCGUCUCGAUUAUUCAACGGGAUGGGUAAGACGACGGCGUUCCAUGAAGCGCUGGGGAACGAAGCGAUUUUGUGUCAGGCAAUCCAGUUCGACUUCCGCAUUUUGCAUGGAGAUGCACCUCUGACCCACCUCGUCAACUCCUACUAUGGUUUCCGGAAAAAGAAUCGACUGCUUACCGUCCCUGCCGUGAAUUUCGAGUCACGUGUGGCCGCCUCCCGUGGGGCUGGAACAGCAACUGGUGAGAAGCCGGCGGCGGGGGAGGAAGAGAUCUUUGUAGAAUGGUUGGGUCAGUUACAGACGGCGUGUGAGAAGCUAUACUUGCAGUUGUACGCAUCGGAUACGCACUUCCUAUUCCGUCCGGCGGAAGUCGCAACCGGGGUAUUCCGACACGUACUCAAGACACGUUACCAGCUAGCUGACGCAGACGACUUCCUCACCAACUUCCUUAACAUCGCCGCCAAGGGCGACCCUGAGGCCGCAGCGCGACUGCGCAAAACCGUCGACCACACCGCCCAUGAAGCAUACAAACAGGAGACCUUUAUGGCAUCCUACAACAUGGACUACUGGAGACCCAAGAUACAGGAAUAUCUCAAAGAAGCCCGAAAAUGGGCAAGACAACUCGAACGAAAACGACCAUUAGACGCAACCCUCGCAGACGCCAAACGAAACAAAGCCGCCGACGAGCCCCGACCCGACCCCGCCGCAGCAACUGCCCCGUCUCAGACAGCCCCGGAGACAAAAAAGCUGGUCACCGAGGCCGCGCUGGUUUCGGACGUGGCAAUGGUUCCGGAAACGACAGCGGCAGCACCAGCGCCUCCAGUGGCUGAAGAGAAAAUGGACGCCCAAGACACCCGUAUUGCACGCGGUAUCAAAUGCGCUCGCAAGUUGAGAACUCGUCGCAAGACCCAGAAGUGGGCCGAUAAGGCUUACAAGAAGGUUGCCUUGGGCUCCCGUUGGAAGUACGAUCCUUUCCAAGGUUCUUCGCACGCGAAGGGCAUUGUUGUGGAGCGGUUGGGUAUAGAGGCCAAGCAGCCCAACUCGGCGUCGCGUAAAUGCGUGCGCGUCCAGUUGGUUAAGUCGGGUAAGAAGAUCACCGCCUUCGUGCCGCGCGAUGGUUCCUUGAACUACAUCGAGGAAAACGACCUCGUCCUCGUCUCCGGGUUCGGUCGUUCCGGCCACGCCGUCGGUGAUAUCCCGGGUGUCCGUUUCAAGAUUGUCAAGGUCGCCGGUGUCUCUCUUCUCGCCCUCUUUAAGGAAAAGAUCGAGAAGCCCAGAGCAUAA